ACUAUCAGUGGAUUUCUUCCUUCUAAUCUCCCAUAAUGCCCUCUUCGAUUAUUGUCAAUGCGCUCUCAGCCCCUGCUCCUCUGUCUCUUAAAACUCUUUAGUUUCCCAACCGAGCCAGUCAGAUGGGGCACAGCAGCGCUGAUGAAGUCGCAGAGGAUGGGAACAAACUCACUGAUUCGCGCUAAACCUUGGGAUCAACAUUUCAAAAGCGUUAAAAUAUGGGAUAUGCAAAUUAUCACAGUUGACAAGGGUUUUCGUGGUGUCUGCUAGAGGCAUGGCUUUCCUGAUCUCUUUCUUUUACUUGGCUUGUGUAGUCUAUGUCUUGGGAGAACAGCAAAGUGAAGUGAGUGUCUAUUCUGAAAACAUCACACGUAUUUUAGACAGGCUAUUGGACGGCUAUGACAACAGACUACGACCUGGAUUUGGAGGUCCUGUUACAGAAGUCAAAACUGACAUCUAUGUUACCAGCUUUGGUCCUGUUUCUGAUGUUGAAAUGGAAUACACCAUGGAUGUGUUCUUCCGACAAACAUGGGUUGAUGAGAGAUUGAAAUUUGACGGGUCCAUUGAAAUACUUCGGAUUAACAACGUUAUGGUUAGUAAGAUAUGGACACCUGACACCUUCUUCAGAAAUGGCAAGAAAUCGAUUGCACACAACAUGACGACUCCAAACAAGCUUUUCAGAAUCAUGCAGAAUGGGACAGUACUCUAUACAAUGAGACUCACCAUCAAUGCAGAGUGCCCCAUGAGACUAAUGAACUUCCCAAUGGAUGGGCAUGCAUGUCCUUUGAAGUUUGGUAGCUAUGCCUAUCCCAGAAGUGAAAUAAUUUACACAUGGAAGAAAGGUCCAAUGCAUUCUGUUGAAGUACCACCAGAAUCAUCAAGUUUGCUUCAGUAUGAUCUCAUAGGACAGACAGUUACAAGUGAAAUACUAAAAUCUAACACUGGUGAAUACAUAGUUAUGACAGUUUACUUCCACCUGCAAAGGAAGAUGGGCUACUUCAUGAUUCAGGCAUACAUUCCGUGCAUAAUGACAGUCAUACUUUCUCAAGUGUCUUUCUGGAUCAAUAAGGAGUCAGUUCCUGCUAGAACUGUUUUUGGUGAAUAUGCUAUACAGACAGCCUAUUUUCAUCUUGAAAGAAAACUAGGCUACUAUCUCAUUCAGACUUACAUUCCAUGCUUCAUGACUGUAGUUCUGUCGCAAGUUGUGUUCUGGAUCAACAAAGAGUCUGUUCCUGCAAGAACUGUAGCUGGCAUCACCACUGUCCUUACUAUGACAACACUCAGUAUCAGUGCUCGACACUCCUUGCCGAAAGUGUCCUACGCCACUGCCAUGGACUGGUUCAUCGCCGUGUGUUUUGCAUUUGUCUUCUCUGCACUCAUUGAGUUUGCUGCUGUCAACUAUUUCACCAAUCUUGAGACUCAGAAGGCGAUGACAAAGAAGGCAAGAGCAGCAGCACUGAAGGCAGAGACUGCGGCAGCAGACGGCGAGAUCGUCUCGCAGCAAUCAGACUCCAGUUGCAAUGUAAAGAAGAGAAUUAACUCUGUGGUUUCCCGUGGCGAUCCGCCUGAAGAAAACGAUAUACCAUACGCUUUGCCACAACCACAGUUUCUUCAGCAGGGAUCUGCCAUACCUUCUAACCCGAAUGCUAUUACUGGAACUAGCAAGAUAGACAAGUAUGCCAGAAUCUUUUUCCCAUUAUCGUUUGGUGCAUUCAACCUGGUAUACUGGGUCGUGUAUCUGUCUAAGGACACCAUGGAGAUGGACUUCCACACAAGUCAUUCUUGAAGGGUGAAUAAACUCCCUCAGACGUCACUCAACAAAUACAAAUGCAGUGAAAUGGUGAAAUGGCUGGAGACCCUGCUGCUAUCUUUCUGUUGCUUUUGAUACUGUAUCUUCUUAGGGCAUCAUGCUCUCUCCCCGGUUUCAGCACCUUGACUUAGUGGUGGGGCCACUCUUCAUUUAUAGGUUCUGCCUUAGGCAAUACUUUAAAUUAUUUUAAUGCAGGUGUUCUAUUCCCUCGCGUAGUGCGUAUGGUGUUCUGGUGCUUUUCUUUUCAUGUCAAUGCCUUUGCUUUCUUUCAGUUUAAAUCAGGGAUUUUAAAGUAGUAGCUGAACUCAUGAUAUGCAUCCCUCUAGGCUUGCACUUCUCCGUUGCAAAUGAAAACAUGCAUGCGAGUCCAAGCAUGCAAAUAUGAAAUACUCUAUUUAUAUUGGCAGCUUGGCAUUACUGACAGUGAGUAUUUUGGGGGCAAACCGUUUGGCCAAAAUGUUACAUUACAAAUUUCAUAUCACAGAUAUAUGCUUGAAAAAAAAGGUUUACACUAAGAAAUAGUAUCUUAGUGUUAUGAACAGGGUACAGUAAUGUAGUAAAGCAGAGGAUCAAGCUGCAUAAGGGUACAAGCUAGUAGUAUAUUUAGUAAUAAUGCAAUCUGCAUUAUUCAAACAGUAAAACCCAGACUGUUUUAUUACAUUAGCUGUUUCUAAAACUAACUUAAAAUUCUACUACUUGACAGGCUUUUAAUUUAUAUUUAUUCUUGUUCAUUCUGAUAACAUUAUUAUGUAUCUAUUUGGCAAACACCUUUAUCCAAGGCGAUUUACAGGUGUUACAGGGCAGUACAGGGUUACAAAGCAAGAUUAAUUCAAUAGGUUAACAUAACAUUAUUCAGCAGGUUUCCUUUUGACUUUUUGAAGCAAAAUGUGUUCAUUCUUUAGGGUAAUGCAAAAGGGUCCACGUCUGUGUGUAUUCUCCAGAUGUUUUAUGUAAUCCUCAGACAUCCCACCACUAACCCACACUGCUCGGGAUUCCAAUAGAAUGUGAAGACACUGGAGGUUUUUAAACAUUCUUCAGAUGAUUUCAGUGUCGGUUGAAGAGUCUCUGGAAUCAGCUCCCUGGGGCUCUCAUAGGAAUCGAUCAGGACUGAUUAAUGAUUUGUCAACCUGUCCUGGUCAGUGUGUAUUGAUGUGUCAUCAAGUAAAGGAGGGUGGGGGGGUGCAUUAUAGUAACCUUGCGCCUUGAACAAUAAUAACAGUAAAUUAUUUUUUCACAGAUAUAGUGAAGUCCAGUGCAAGGAGCUAUAUUUCAUUCAUUUACACCCACUUACAGUUCAUUUUCCUAUUAUCUGUCUGUGACAAUCUUGAGUUUUUUUCGUGUAAGGAGUAAGUUGACAUUGUAGUGACUCUACCCAAAUGAAAUGCGUUAUGACAACUAAAAAACAAGGACUGUUUAAAAAAGCAGACUUUUUUUUCUCUUAGUAUGAGGUCAUCUUUACCUUGUGUGUGUGUGUGUAUAUAUAUAUAUAUAU